AUGUGGUUCCUAACCUGGCACAACCAGUCAAGAAUGGGAGGCGGAUUCAGGGCACAUCGUAUCUCCCCAGUCUCAUGUGUUUUCCUUGACACAAACAGACUCCUCGAAAACUGCCGCUUUCUCCAAGGGCCGAAAACAAACCCUGCCAGUAUCGACAGGAUUCGUGACAAGCUAGCAGCGGGCAAGGAGCAUCACGAAACCAUUCUCAACUACAGACGGAGACGGCUUCCCGUUCAUGAACCUCCUCAUGUGCGCCCCGUUGCUCGACAGCCAAGGGGUAACGCGGUACAGGAUUGGCGCCCAGAUUCUGACAACAGCCCAGAAACCAACCCUUUUUCACCCCAGCUUGCCCUCCGUCACCUCGCCGAGGUGUUGACCGCCCCAGAAAUCGAAAUUGUCCGCAACCACGGCGGCGGCCGUCACUCCCCCGCCCACGAGGACGAAACAUCCAACUGGGCCAAACCCGACGACAACCCCAUCCCCCGACCCCUCUUCCAAUCCCCCCUCUCAGCCGACAUGGAAGAGCUGUCUGACCUGUCGGGGGGUAAGCUAACGGGGAUCUACUCCAACUGCCUCCUCCUCCGCCCCUACCCCUCCCUCCGCACUCUUUUCGCGUCACCUUCCCUCCGUCUCCCAGGGAUCCUCCAAACACCUGUUCUCUCUUGCAUUGGCGGGUCUGACAGGGUAAGGCAGGAGUUGGAGCAAGGGUUUAAGGAGGGGGGGGUUGUUGUCACGGCAAAGGUGAGGUGGUUGACGAGGUCAGCGGAGGGGAGGACGAGGUGGGUACAUUGUACGCCGCUGGUGGGGAGUAAUGGGAGGGUGGGGGUUUGGAUGGUGGUUCUUGUGGAUGAUCAGGAGAUGGGGGUUGGGGAUAGGGAAGGGAGGGGGAGGGUGGCGCCGGUGGUUGAGCCGGGGUUUUUGAGGGGGAUGACAACAAGAGGUGAGAGGGGGGCGGGAGGGGGGGUAUGA